AUGGGAGCCAGCACCUCCAGCAAGUCACCGCCCUUCGAUGGAGGUGAUGAUGUCACCUUUGAUAAUUUUGAGAUUUUGCGAGCUAUUGGGAAGGGCAGCUUCGGAAAAGUCUGCGUCGUGCAAAAGAACGACACCAAGAAGAUGUACGCCAUGAAAUACAUGAACAAGCAGAAGUGCGUGGAGCGUAACGAAGUGAGGAACGUCUUCAAGGAGCUGCAGAUCAUGCAGGGCCUGGAGCACCCCUUCCUCGUUAAUUUAUGGUACUCGUUCCAGGACGAGGAGGACAUGUUCAUGGUUGUGGACCUGCUGCUCGGGGGUGACCUGCGCUACCACCUCCAGCAGAAGGUGCGUUUCCAGGAGGGCACGGUGAAGCUCUUCAUCUGCGAGCUGGGGCUGGCCCUGGACUACCUGCGGAGCCAGCACAUCAUCCACAGGGACAUCAAGCCUGACAACAUCCUGCUGGACGAGCACGGACACGUGCACAUCACCGACUUCAACAUCGCCACCAUGCUGACUAAAGAGAUCCAGGUCACCACCAUUGCUGGCACCAAGCCCUACAUGGCACCCGAGAUGUUCAACCCCACCAAACCCACGGGCUACUCCUUCGCUGUGGACUGGUGGUCGCUGGGCAUCACUGCCUACGAGCUGCUGCGGACCCGGAGGCCGUAUCACAUUCGCGCCAACACGUCCACAACCGAAAUCGCUCACGUGUUCAGGACAGCGACGGUGAUGUACCCCGCGGCGUGGUCCAGGGACAUGGUGGCGCUGAUCAAGAAGCUGCUCGAGCCCAACCCCGAGAAGCGUUUUUCCCAGCUGAAGGACAUCCAGGCCUUCCCGUACCUGUCCGACGUCAACUGGGACGCUGUCCUCCAGAAGAGGAUAAUGCCUGAGUUCAUCCCCACGAAAGGCAGACUGAACUGCGACCCGGCCUUCGAGCUGGAGGAGAUGAUCCUGGAGGCCAAACCCCUCCACAAGAAGAAGAAGCGCUUGGCGAAGAGGGAGAAAGACGCCAGCAGCAGCAACUCCUCGCAGGCCUGCCAUCUUCAAAAGCACCUGGAGAGGCUCCAGAGGGACUUCAUCGUCUUCAACAGAGAGAAGUGA